GCCGGAGGGUGCAGGACGUGCUGCAGGAUUUCGGCACCGAGGGGGCUCUGGCUCAGCCCCAUCAGGGCAAGAGCCUCGACCUGGAGGGGUUCUCGCGGUUCCUGCGGAGGUACCUGGAGAGCGACGAUGUCCCGGAGCCGCUGUGCCGGCGCCUCUUCGCCUCCUUCCAGAGCCAGGACGGCAGCGACUGCGUCUCCCUGAGUGAUGUCUCCUGCUACUUCUCCCUGCUGGAGGGGGGACGCCCCGAGGACAAGCUGGAAUUCUCCUUCAAGCUGUAUGACAAGGACGGGAACGGGGUCCUGGACAGCUCGGAGGUGGAUCGGAUCAUCACCCAGAUGAUGAGGGUGGCCCAGUACCUGGACUGGGAUGUGACGGAGCUGAAGCCGAUCCUGCAGGAGAUGAUGCGGGAGAUCGACUACGACGGCAGCGGGACGGUGUCCCUGGGCGAGUGGCUGCGGGGGGGGGUCACCAACAUCCCGCUGCUGGUGCUGCUGGGGCUCGAGGGGGACAUGAAGGACGACGGGCAGCACCUCUGGCGCCUGAAGCAGUUCUCACGUCCUGCCUUCUGCAACGUGUGCGAGGGGCUGCUCGUGGGGCUGCGGAAACAGGGGCUGCGCUGCUGCCUGUGCCGGUUCACGGUGCACGAGCGCUGCGCCCGCCGGGCCCCCCACAACUGCAUCAGCACCUACGCCAAGAACCGCAGGGAGGCCGAGGUCCAGGCCCACGUGUGGGUGAGGGGCGGCUGUGACGGUGCCAAGUGCAGGGAGUGCCAGAAGAAGAUCCGGAGCUUCCAGAGCCUGACGGGGCUGAACUGCGUGUGGUGCCACCGCAAGAUCCAUGAGGAGUGCCAGCCCCUCGUGCCCCCAGCCUGCGACUGUGGGGUCCUGCGGGACCACGUCCUGCCCCCCGCCUCCAUCUACCCCGUCCUGCUGGAGAGGCAGGACAGCCAGAGAGACAACGGUGGGACGCCGGUGGAGGAGACCCCCCAAGUGUUCACCACCCCUGAGGGGCAGGCGCUGCGGGUCAGUCCCCCCCCCGACACCCACCCACUCCUCGUCUUCGUCAACCCCAAGAGUGGAGGGAAACAGGGGGAGAGGGUGCUCCGGAAGUUCCAGUACCUGCUCAACCCCCGGCAGGUUUAUAACCUGCAGAAGGGAGGCCCCAUGCCCGGGCUGGAUUUCUUCCGGGACGUGCCGGAUUUUCGUGUCCUGGUGUGCGGGGGGGACGGCACCGUGGGCUGGAUCCUGGAUGCCAUCGACAAAGCCAACCUGCCCCGCCGGCCGCCCGUGGCCGUCCUGCCCCUGGGCACCGGCAACGACCUGGCCCGCUGCCUGCGCUGGGGGGGAGGGUACGCGGGGCAGGACCUGCGCAGGAUCCUGUGGGAGCUGAGGAGCAGCACCGUGGUGCAGAUGGACCGGUGGGGGCUGGAGGUGCUGCCCCGGGACCCGGCGGCCGAGGGGGACCCGGUGCCCCAGGGCAUCAUCAACAACUACUUCUCCGUCGGGGUGGACGCCUCCAUCGCCCACCGGUUCCACGUCAUGCGGGAAAAGCACCCGGAGAAGUUCAACAGCAGGAUGAAGAACAAGCUCUGGUACCUGGAAUUUGCCACCUCAGAGACCCUUUUCUCCACCUGCAAGAGGCUCAAGGAGCACCUGAGUGUGGAGGUCGGCGGGACCCCCCUGGAGCUGGGGGGGUCCCUGGAGGGGCUGGCAGUGCUCAACAUCCCCAGCACCCACGGGGGGUCCAACCUGUGGGGCGAGACCCGGCGGGCGAGGGGGCCCAGGGCGGCACAGCCCCCCAACGUCACCGACAGCGAGACCCUCCGGAGCUGCGUGCAGGACCUGGGUGACGGGCGGCUGGAGGUGGUGGGGCUGGAGGGGGUUCUGGAGAUGGGGCAGAUCUACACCGGGCUGAAGAGCGCGGGGACACGCCUGGCGACCUGCUCCGAGCUCACCCUGAGGACACUGAAGGCCCUGCCUAUGCAGGUCGAUGGGGAGCCCUGGAUGCAGCCGCCCUGCACGGAUCACCCACAAGAACCAGGUGCCCAUGCUCAUGGCUACCACAUCCCGGUUCUGCGGCGUCUUCGGCACCAAGAGGGGCUCCCUCGAGGCCUGAGGGGGCCGGGGGGGGCCGGGGGAGCCCCCCCGAGCUGUGCCCGGGCAGGGAACACAGGCCAACCCUGCCUACCCCCCCUCCCCAGCAGGAGCAGGGGGGCCGUGCCCCUCCCCUGCCCCCAGGGGUGCUCAGAGCCUGGGGGUGCCGGGGGGGCAGGGGGGGCUGCACGAAGCCCCCCAGGGUGCAGCGCAGUGGCCAGAGCCCCCCACCCCGCCUGGCCCCCCCGCUAUUUAUUCCCCCCCAAUUCCAAGUGCCUGUUGCAGGAAUAAAGCUGGUGUUGUGACGAG